AUGGAAGGAAAGAAUCAGACGGUAGCGACUGAGUUUAUUUUCCUGGGUCUCACAGAUAAUCUCUGUCAGAAGGCUGUCCUUUUCAUCACUUUUCUCUUUGUUUACCUAGUCACUCUGGGGGGUAACUUGGGGAUGAUCAUUCUCAUAGGGGUUGACCCCAGACUCCACACCCCCAUGUACUUUUUUCUUAGCCACUUGUCCUUUGUAGAUCUCUGUUCCUCUUCUUCUAUUGCUCCGAAGAUGCUAUGUGAUAUCUUUGCAGAGAAAAAGAGCAUCUCUUUUGUAGGCUGUGCUGCACAGAUGUGGUUCUUUGGUCUCUUUGUGGCAACAGAGUGUUUCCUGUUGGCUGCCAUGGCGUAUGAUCGCUACACGGCCAUCUGUAAGCCUCUGCUGUACCCUCUCAUCAUGUCCCAGCAGGCCUGUGUGCUGCUCGUUGUGGAGUCUUACGCCAUAGCUUUGACAAGUACCACCACCCAUACGACUUUCACCUUUUGCUUACCCUUCUGUGGUCCACAUGUGAUCAAUCACUUUUUCUGUGACAUUUCCCCAUUACUUUCUCUGGCGUGUGUGGACACUGAGAUGAAUAAGUUGGUGCUCUUUGUCUUUGCUGGAGCAAUCGGAGUGCUCAGUGGUCUCGUCAUCAUGGUCUCCUAUGUGUGCAUUUUGAUGGCAGUCUUGAAGAUCCAGACGGACAGUGGGAGACAGAAAGCCUUCUCCACGUGUUCUUCUCACCUGACCGCUGUCACCAUCCUGUAUGGCACCCUUUUCUUUAUCUAUGUGCGACCUAGCUCAAGUUCCUCCCUGGAUAUCAAUAAAGUGAUUUCCAUGUUUUAUACUGUGGUGAUCCCCAUGUUGAACCCCCUCAUCUACAGCUUGAGGAACAAGGAGGUAAAAGAUGCAUUCAGGAGAAGCUUGGAUGGGAAGCACUUUCUAAUAGUUAAAGUUAGAUAG